AUGACACAGAGAUCAUCAGUCACCAUCAAGUCGGGAGGCACGCGGAACUUCAGCGCUUCCUCAGCCAGUCUCCUCCAGGGGUGCCGACCCAAUUUCAGCUCUUUCUCAGUGUCCAAGAACAGGAAGAGCAUUGGAGGUGGUUUUGGGGGAAGCUUUGGGACCAGGAGCCUCCAUGGCUUUGGGGGCAGCAAAAGAAUCUCCAUCAGUGGGGUUUACCGCUCCAGCCGGGGCAGUUUUGGGGGUGCUAGCUGUGGGCUAGGUAUCGGCAGCACAGGGUACAGAGCAGGGGGAGCCUUUGGUGGAUAUGGGUAUGGAGGUGGAAUGGUACAUGGACCUGGGGGCAUCCAAGAGGUCACCGUCAACCAUAGUCUCCUGACACCCCUGCACCUGGAAAUCGACCCUUCUCUCCAGCAUGUACGCAAGGAGGAGAAGGAGCAGAUCAAGACCCUCAACAACAAGUUUGCUUCCUUUAUUGACAAGGUGCGUUUCCUUGAGCAGCAGAACAAAGUCCUGGAGACCAAAUGGAGCCUCCUGCAAGACCAUAAAACCACCAGGGCCAAUCUUGAGCCCAUGUUUGAAGCCUACAUCAACAACUUGAGACGACAGCUAGACUGCCUGGGAGGAGAGCGGGGCAGGCUGGAGAUGGAGCUGAAGAACAUGCAGGACGUGGUGGAGGACUUCAAGAUCAAGUAUGAGGAGGAAAUCAACAGGCGCACAGCAGCAGAGAAUGAGUUUGUGGUACUUAAGAAGGACGUGGAUGCUGCCUACAUGAGCAAGGUGGAGCUGGAGGCCAAGGUGGACGCCCUGAUGGAUGAGAUCAACUUCCUGAGAGCUUUCUACGAGGCGGAGCUGGCUCAGCUUCAGGCUCAGCUCUCAGAGACCUCUGUGGUCCUGUCCAUGGACAACAACCGCAAACUAGACCUGGACAGCAUCAUCGCAGAAGUCAAGGCCCAGUAUGAGGAUAUCGCCAACCGAAGCCGUGCUGAAGCUGAGUCCUGGUACCAGACCAAGUAUGAGGAGCUGCAGCGGUCCGCCGGCCAGCACGGGGAUGACCUCCGCACCACGAGGAUGGAGAUCUCUGAACUGAACCGGGCCAUGCAGAGGCUGCGUUCGGAGAUUGACAACCUGAAGAAGCAGUGUGUCACACUCCAGGCUGCGAUCACGGAUGCUGAGCAGCGUGGGGAGCUGGCCCUCAAAGAUGCCAAGAACAAGCUGGCAGAGCUAGAGGAGGCCCUACAGAAGGCCAAGCAGGAAAUGGCCCGGCAGCUGCGAGAGUACCAGGAGCUCAUGAAUGUCAAGCUGGCCCUGGACAUUGAGAUUGCCACCUACCGGAAGCUGCUGGAGGGCGAAGAACACAGGCUCACUGGUGAAGGUGUCGGACCUGUUAACAUCUCUGUGGUCUCUUCCUCUGGUGGUACAGGAUACAGCAGGGGCAGUGGCCUCUGUGUAGGUGGGGGUGGCUACAGUGGUGGUCUCAGCAGUGGCCUCUGCUACAGCGGCUCUGGGGGCAGCAGCUUCAGUUCCACCAGCGGCCGCAGCCUCAGUGGCACCAGCUCCAGCAUGCGCAUCAUCUCCAAGACAUCAUCCACCAAGAAGAGCUACAGGAGCUAA